GGGCCUUUAAUUGGGACAUGCGCAUCGCGGUCCAAUUAAUUUUGAAUAAUUAAUUAGCACAAUAAAACACUUCUCAUUCAUGUUAUUUUUAGCCGAGGCAUUAAGUCGCUGUCUGAGAGCUUGCUCUAAGCUGUCGAAGGCGAGUUUAGCUGUGGACAAGCAUCCACGACGAGAAAUUUCCAGCGGGAAGUGCAAAUACACUGCGUAAGUCAGGCCUAACGAGUGUAAUGAACUUUUCGCUCUGGUAUUUUCCUUGUUGAUCUUUCAUUGGCAGUGCACGCCGUAAUUACCAAAGCCGUGUAAUAAUUAGUCGCCAUGUUUGGCAACUGCUCCAGGAGUCAGCAGACGUAGCAGGAAUUGAGCCAGUAGCCUCCCAAGCUCCAGCCGCCCAACUCAGAGUGCUGCCCAUACCCUUGGUAAUAGAGGCAGAAAAAAUCAACCCAAUCAACCACGGGUCUUCCUUCGAUUUCAAGUAGAAGACACCAUAGGCAAACUCUUCAUAACUAACCAUCCAGUAUUUCAAUGUGUGCAGUCAGUGAACAGCGACUGAAAUGAAUCUGACGGCACUUAUUAACGCAGAGACCAAGCGAAGUGAACGCCAUUAAAACAUCUUGAAGCUGGGAUAUUUACAGAGGAAGAUUGAGAGAGACAGUUUGUAGAUAUCCAGCCAGAACAGACAAGAAAAAAGUGAGAAGCUUACUCCUCAUUGAAGGUGGACGCGUUAUUUGUUUGUAACCACAGCCAUUGACAGUUGACAGGAAAAGACAACAAAAAAAAGGUGUGGACAUUUUUUCCUUGGAGUCAUGAAACAACAGAGCAUAUUCCACCACUUGAAAUGAGCUUCCUCCUUUCCGAUUGGCUGGUGUGAUGUUAAUGAUAUAACCAUGGGUACUGGUCAAGCCAGGAGAGGGUUAUUGUGACUGAUGUCCAGUGUAGUGGUCAGUUGGGACCCUGUGAACACACCAUGGCUUUAGAGGCAGCGUCCCUGGACAAGAUCAAUGAGAAUCUCUCCAAGCUGCAGUCGGUCAGCCAGGUGGACGCAUUGACCAGUGACCACCACCACCACGCUGACCUGAUUGCAGAGAAUAAUCAGGAUGUGACCAUUCCUGUUGUCAGUUCUGGUGGUGUGGUCACUCAGAGUGACCAGAUGGACCAGACUGACCAGGGCAAUGACCCAGUCCAGCCCAAUGAUAGUGUAUACUCAGAGAACGGAGAACAGGCCACGGCUGACUCACAAACUGAUAUUACUACAACCAAAGACUCCUGGGACAGUGCUGGAAAAAGAACUGCGAUAAAAAGUCCAUCAAGGGAACCGAGUAUUGGAAAUAGUUCAAAUGGACAGAGCAAUGAUCCAUCAAACCUGACAAGGCAUUCUCCCAAGACUGGCAUCGUUUCUCAUUCCAAUACACUAUCAAUGGAGGCGAGUACUACUGCUAGUACUCAACAGGGGGAGAGUAUACAGACUUCAGGUAAAGAGACUAAGGGCCCCGUCUCCUCCUCCUCCUCUUCCUCCUCAUCCUCCUCCCCCUCCCCAUCUAAGUCUUCCUCUGCGGAGCCAGUGCAAUGUGGGGAGUGUACCACGGACUUUGACACUUUGCAGAAAUACAUGGAGCACAGUUGUUCCCAGUCCAGCGUUCAGCAGGUGGGACAGGGUGCCGACAAAGAUGGUGGAGAUAGGGAUGAGGAGAGUGAGUUGAGCGACGUGGAGAGCUUUGAUGGGAAAAUAGUGUACAACCCUGACGGCUCAGCUUACAUUAUUGAAGGAGAUUCAGAAAUCAGUGACGAUGAUUCGAUUAUGGAGGAUGUUCCAAAACAAGAAGGGAGUAUUGUGGACCAUAGGGGUAAACCCUCCACAUCACAAAUGGCUGCAUUUCCACAGAUCGCAAAUGCUGUGUAUAUUCACAGAAACCCUGCAGCAUUCUACAGUGCUUAUUAUGCUAUGAUGCCAGAGUGUAAGCCUGAGGCCCCCGUCAUGCACAGUUAUAAAGUUUACGAUGUGCGCACGGGGAGCAAGAAAGAGGAUGAGGAGGAGGAAGAAGAAAAGGACAGUAAAUCAAAAUCUACACCGAAACUGCCGAACGUAUCAUACUCCAUAGUCCCAACAAAACCCAUUCUCAUGUGUUUCAUUUGUAAACUGUCAUUUGGUUUCACUAAGUCCUUCACAGCCCAUGCUACAGGAGAGCACGGUAUGGUGCUCAAUGACAGCGAGAAAGAAAUUAUGUCACGGCCUAAUUCCUCAGCAAUCAUUCAAGGCGUGGGUAAAGAUAAACAACCCUUAAUGUCGUUCCUGGAGCCCAACACUCCGCCACAAGGAGAUGGAGACCAGGGAAGUGGUCCAUAUUUCCGCUUUAACUCUGGCUCAGUUCAGAGAAAUUCAGGCACUGGUGAAGGCUUUGAUCUUUCCACAUCGAGUGAGCAGAAUGCUAAAUCUUCCAAGUCCAAGGCCCUGCCAUCCAAUGGCAAGGUUGAUGAAGGUGCUGUCACAAACACCGCUAAAACAACGGGAUCAAAUUCCGUCUUUUCUGCUCAAGAUGAGGUUCAGGGUGGUGCUAACAUUGACAAAGGUGUUAAAACGAAUCCAGAGUCUUCGCACCAGGCAUCACAAAGGGAUGGUCCCUCUAACCCCAAACUUUCUACAGCCUCAGAAACUGACCCUUUACUGGUCAGCCCCGAGACGGCCAACAGACUGAACAACAAUCACGACAAGAAAUUCAAUCUCCAUCUUGCACCAGACCUGGGGAAGAAUGCGCUGGGGGUUCCUUCAGAUACCAGCGCCACCACACCAAACUCUCCCAGUAUCAGCAUGGCAGAUAUCAUGCAGAAAAUGCAAGCUUCGCAAUCCCAAAUGAACCAGAUGUUGUUUAACGCCAGUGGGGUGGUGGGAGAGCUGAAAUGUGAGGAACACCCCAUGGGAAAGCAGCAGGGGGUGGAGUGCCCCAAGUGUGACAUGAUUCUGGGCUCCUCGCGCUCCCUGGGAGGUCACAUGACAAUGAUGCACUCCCGUAACUCCUGCAAGACCCUGAAAUGCCCCAAGUGUAAUUGGCACUAUAAAUACCAGGAGACAUUGGAGAUACACAUGAAGGAAAAACACCCAGAGAAUGACACACAGUGCAUUUACUGUAUUACCAGUCAGCCCCAUCCGCGUCUUGCCCGUGGGGAGUCCUACACCUGCGGGUACAAGCCGUAUCGAUGUGACGUAUGCAACUACUCAACCACGACGAAAGGUAACCUCAGUAUUCACAUGCAGUCAGAUAAGCACAUAAAUAACAUGCAGGAAUUGCAGAACCAGCAACAGAUGAACAAUCAGCAGGGUUCCACUAAUAAUGCUGCCCCUAUAGAAGUCCCCCUGUCCCCACAGACCCCACAGACCCCACCCGUGUCGGCUACGCCCACUGAGAACAACAACACGUUAUCAUCAGUGGCUGCUGCUGCAGCUGCUGCAAAGAAGGUCAAACCGAAAGCUUCAUGGAGGUGCGACGUGUGCAAUUAUGAGACCAAUGUGGCACGCAACCUGCGCAUUCACAUGACUAGCGAGAAGCAUACGCAUAACAUGAUGGUGCUACAGCAGAACGUGAAGCACAUGCAGCGCGACAUGCAGCUCCAAAUGCAGCAGAUGGCCAUGCUACAGCAGGAUCUGGGCAUGAUGGCGCUGCCUUCUCCGCUGACACCAGGGGGCAUCCCAGGCUUCCCAUUUGACCAGGCUGCCAUGUUCAUGUCUCAGCACAUGCCGCCACCUGCCAUUGACUCCCCGGUCGAUUUAUCCAAGGAGCCAGGCAGUGGGAGUCAGGCAGAGAGCAGCAGUCAAGAAGAGAACCCAGCAGUGAUGGAACCCAGCAAGGUUUACCACUGCUGUAUAUGCGCCGUGUACUGCACAGACUCCAUAGGCUCCCUGCAUCAACAUAUACAGACAGAUCGCACAAAGCAGGGUGAAGGAGACAACAUCACAGUGGCAGCUGGCAGCUACCUGUGUAACCUGUGUCAGUAUAAAACCAACCUCAAGGCCAAUUUUCAGCUUCACUGUAAAACUGACAAACACUUACAACGACUUCAGCUGGUCAACCACAUAAAGCUGGGCGGACCGGCCAACGAAUGGAGACUCAAGUACAUGAACGCCAGCAACCCUGUGCAAGUGCGCUGCAACGCGUGUGAUUAUUACACCAACAGUAUUCACAAACUCCAGGUGCACUCCACCAAUCGCGCACACGACAUCAAGAGUCGUAUCUUCCACCACCUACAGCAAUGCGAGGGCGAGCUGAAGGGGAACCAGAAGUAUUACCACUGCAUGUUGUGCAAUGUCUCGACGAAAACUAAACUCAGCAUGAUUCAGCACGUGGCGUCCAUGGCGCAUGCUCGCAGCGAGGGUGAGCAGCAUAGUCAGGGUCAGGAAAUGCCGCAGGAAGGGGACGUCACUUUGGAGGCGCUCACUGUCAGAGAGGGCAAAGGUGACUGUGAAAGUGAUACAUAUGAGGAAGAUGGAGACCAGGUUGCUGACGAUAUGGACAUUAGUCAAGAUGGAGAGGUGGUGAGAGAAGACACAGACAGCACACUAGAGUCCACAAAUGGUGCUACAGGGAACUCUCUAGACCAUCACCAGAUGUGUCCAUUCUGUAACUACACGUGCAGUAGCGAGGUGCGCAUGCACACACAUGUUCUACAGCAACAUAACAACCAGCAGCAGCAGCAACAACAACAUCAGCAAGCGGCACCGUCUCAGUCCAGCCAGAGCCAGCCGUGUCCACUGUGCCAGGAGGCGUGUAUGGACACUCUGGCCAUGGAGGGUCACCUGAUGAAGGUUCACAAUGUCAGCAAGGAGGGCAUGCAGAGAAUACUGUCCAUGGUGGAUGCGGUUCCGGCCUCUAAACCUGACCAUACAGUGGCGCCCUCUGAAGAGAGUAAGAGAGGAGAUGAUCCACAGCAGACGGCGGAUGAACUGCAGGCUGACAACGGUGCAUCCCCAGACUUCAUAAACCUGGAGCAACACCCCUUGAAUGAUGAAUACCGCUGCCAGACAUGCACCAAGACAUUCCAGAACAUCGACCUCCUGUACGCACACCAAAACGAGCUGGGUCACCUAGAGCUGAAGCAGACACCACGCGGACCCGGGUACCUUUGCUGGAAGAAAGGCUGUAACCAGUACUUCAAGACGGCCCAGUCCCUUCAGGUUCACUUCAGAGAAAUUCACGCCAAACGACAGCAGGCCGCCAUAUCUGAACGCCACGUCUAUAAGUUUCGCUGCAGUCAGUGUAGCUUGGCGUUCAAAACCAUGGAGAAGCUACAGCAGCACCAGCAGUACCACAUGAUCCGUGCUGCCACCAAAUGCAUAAUAUGUAACCGCAGCUUCCGUACUGUAGCCUCUAUGCAGCAGCACAUGGAGGCUGCUCACUUCGAGACCAUGUCAGAGGCCGAGAUAGCCGAUUACCAGUCACGAAUGGCUGCCAACCCACUGGUCAUCCUGACCCAGCAACAACAGUCACUACAGCAACUGUCUAACAAUCACCAAGAUGACGAGGACAAAGAUGAUGUUCCUGGUGAUCAUUUGGCUAUAGAUAACUCAGAUGGAGCAAACAUGGGAGAAUCAGACAUGACCAAAUCUCCUUCUGUGGAUGAGAAUUCUUUGAGUCGAGGGGAAGAUAUGUUGGAUGUGAACGACAACUCCAAUGAGGCAUCAAAUGACUCGACCCAGUCAGACUUCGAGUACAUCAACACUCAGGCAUUUGCUGAGAACAGCUACAAUGACCCCACCAAGAAAUACAAGUGUCAUCGCUGUAAGGUUGGAUUCUCCAAGCAGAGUUUCCUCAGUGCGCACAACAAAACCUUACUCCAUCGCCGCGGUGACAAGCUGAGUUACCCCAUGGAGAAAUACCUGGACCCCAACAGACCAUUCAAGUGUGAGACCUGUAAGGAGUCAUUUACACAGAAAAACAUACUUCUGGUUCACUACAACUCGGUGUCGCACCUCCAUAAGCUAAAGCAGCAACAACAGCAUUUUGAAGGAACACAGGGUAACAGCUCCUCAGCCACCAGCCCCCUCACCCCUAGCAGUUCAAGCCCUCCUGGGACAUCUACUGGGGUCUCUCUGGGCACCUCCAUCGUAGGGAGCUCACACCCUACAACUUCUGCCCUGGCUGCAGCGCCCUCUUCAGGGUUGACAGCACCAACAUCAUCCACAUCUCCCAUGCCCAGCAGCCCUGCCCUAUCAGGCAAUCAGACAGAGGAUAAGAAGCCAUACAAGUGUAACAUAUGUAAGGUUGCCUACAGCCAGAGCUCCACUCUUGAUAUCCACAUCCGCUCAGUGUUACAUCAGACCAGGGCUUCCAAGCUGCAGGAGCUGGCCAUGACAGGCCAGGUGGACCUCUCACAGCCUCUGUUUGAGCAGCCAGACCAGCAGUCCAAAACCCAGCAGCACCAUAAGAAAGUGCUGGCGGAGAUGCUGCAACAGAAGGCGCAAGCUGCUCAAUCCCCAGCCGCGUCAUCGGCCACCUCCUCCUCCUCCAUUGUUGCUCAGCCUCCAGUAUUAACACAGGGUAUGUCCAGCACCUUAGGUGAAUCGAGCUCACAGAUACACCGGAAUAGAAUUUCUCAGCCCGAGAGCAUGCAACAUGACCUGCAUCCCCCCAGCACCCCAAAAGUACCCAAAAUGUCUGCAAUCUCGGAGCAGGGGGAGAGAGCCAUCACCAGCAGUGAGGCUGCCGGACACCCUCCCAUGCAUGUGUGCACAAAGUGCAACUCCAUCUUUAACUCCCAUGAGGUUCUGGUCCAGCACCAGCAGAUGUAUUGCUACUUCCAGCCACCUCUCACCAGAGGGAUACGCAUACAAGCACAGCGCAGUCUCCUGGAGAACUUUGGCUUUGACUGCGUCAUGCAGUUUAAUGAGUACAACCAGAAGAGGAAAGUCGUUGAGAAGAAGGAAGAGAGCGAACAGGAAGCUGACAAAGAGAAGGAGGACGAGGAGAGGAAGGAAAAGGUGGACAGCAAAAGCGGAGUUAAAGAAGUGAAGAUGGACCUGCCAGAGAUCAACAAGUGCGAAUGUUUGACAUGCGGGAAGCAGUUCUCCAGUCUGUGGGUGCUCAAGGCGCAUCAGGAGGAGAUCCACAAGGAGCUGGUGCCAACAAAUUAUGUGGAACGUAUCGGAGAUGACUUCAGAGAGGACUAUGAGAAAAAAUGCCAGACUGCUCUGCAGGAUGACGUAUUUGUGGCCACUUCAGCUAGCCCCAGCACUAGCCAGGCAGAAGCAGUGUUGCAGUCCCAAGCCCAGAACAUGGCUCCCCUGACCCCCUCGGCCCUGGACAUGGCCCACCUAGCACAGAUGCCCAUGUUUGGCAUGUUGCCCUUUGGCCCCCUUGGAAUGCCCAUGAUGAUGAACAUGAUGCCACCCCUGGGUCUUCACAUGAUGCCUGGGAUGGACGGGUUCACUCCCCCAGGGUUCCUCCCAAUGCUGGACCCCAACUUAAUGGCUGCACAGAAACAGCAGCACCAGCAGCAGCAGCAACAACAACAGCAGCAGCAGCAACAACAGCUAGCUGCUCAGCAACAGAAGAGAGCACGCACACGCAUCAACGACGAACAGCUGAAGAUCUUACGAGCUCAUUUUGACAUCAAUAACUCCCCCAGCGAGGAGCAAAUAAUUGCCAUGUCAGAGCAGAGCGGACUGCCACAGAAAGUCAUAAAACACUGGUUCAGGAACACACUGUUUAAAGAGAGGCAGAGGAACAAGGACUCUCCAUACAACUUCAGUGUACCACCCCAGACCACUCUGAACCUAGCAGAGUAUGAAAAGACGGGCAACCUCAGCCCCAAGUCCUCUGAGAAUGAUGACCGAGAUAAACACGAUACUCUGAUAUCCAAUGAUGAGUCUGAUGAUGAUGGCAUGUCCAGUAUUGCAGAUGACCCUUGUCCUUCCACCCCUACAACCCCAGGGCCCUCGUCAUUGGGUCAUAACAGGAUGUCAAUCAGUGCCGCAUUUGGACUGCCCCCUAUGUCAAGAGAGGACCAUUCCACACCAUUCAGUAAGUCUUCACACUAUAUGAUGAGCAGCACUCCUACACAGAACCAUGACCAGCGUGCACGCGUUACCACACCCUCUGAUGAUUAUUCAGAUGACACCAAUCAUAGUCUAAGUGGAUCUGGAAAACGUGCUAAUCGCACACGAUUUACUGACUACCAGCUGAAGGUUUUACAAGAUAGUUUUGAGCAGAAUGCCUACCCUAAAGAUGAUGAAUUGGAGCACCUCUCCAAGGUGUUAAACCUCAGCCCCAGGGUCAUUGUGGUGUGGUUUCAGAAUGCGAGACAGAAAGCCAGGAAAAAUUAUGAAAAUCAGCCACAAGUUGAGAUUGAAGAUACCGACGGAAAUCGUUACCAGCGCACGCCUGGGCUUAAUUACCAGUGUAAGAAAUGCCUGACUGUGUUCCAGCGUUAUUAUGAGCUCAUUAAGCACCAGAAGAAGUACUGCUAUAAGGAUGAGGAUAUUUCAUUAGCACAGGCAUUUGGCAUAGCAGAUGAGGACACAAACUCAACUGGCAGUUCCAAUCAGAGUGAGGCAGAACAGGGAGACCACAGUGACAGCAAAAUUAGAGAACGAAGGCAGUCUGCGUCAUCUGGGAAAGAAGAGGCCAACUUCAGUUGUGAAAAGUGUAAUUUGUCAUUCACACGCUUUGAUUUGUGGAGAGAACAUCAGAAUGUUCAUUUAAUGAAUCCUAACUUGUUUCCAGCAUAUCCACCAGACAGUGCAUUUGCUAUGCUACAGACUGUGGCCAGCCAGCACCGGGAAGACAAGAUGGGCAACAAACGCAAGGCCUCUGAGGUCUCCAUGGAUGAAGAUGAUGAGAGGGAUGAUGGACAGCCCAGAGACAAGCGCCUCCGCACCACCAUCCUCCCAGAGCAGUUGGACUAUCUGUAUCAGAAAUACCAACUGGACUGUAACCCCAGUAGAAAACAGCUGGAGAACAUCGCAGCCGAAGUGGGCCUGAAGAAGAGGGUGGUGCAGGUGUGGUUCCAGAACACGCGUGCGCGCGAACGAAAAGGUCAAUAUCGUGCCCACACUCAGUUGAUUCACAAGAGGUGCCCUUUUUGCCGUGCCCUUUUCAGGGCCAAGUCUGCCCUGGAAUCUCAUCUGGCCACCAAACACCCUGAAGAUAUGGCUAAGGGAGAAAUCAGGAUAGAGGACAUUCCUGAUGCCACCAGUGAGGGUCCAGUCUCCCCUUCCACACCUUCUUCAGCAGCCACCUCCCCAGCCAGUGAGACCAAGCCUCUAUUGUCGCCACCUUUUGGCAUGCACCCCUUCAUGCCAUUUAUGCCACCCCCAGGGCUGGGUCUCCCACCCAUGACAGACCCCUUGCAUCAGACCAUGAAGAAGAUUUAUGAGGACUCCCUGAAGAAGUACAUUGAUGAGCUCAGUGGGGCAGUUCACCACCCGAAGCAGGUACCUCCGUCUUCUCAGCUGCCGCCACCUCCUCCUCCUAAACAGUCCUCUGAGACCCCAUCACGUCAUUCCAGUGGAAUGUCAGAGCAGACGACACCCAAGAAAAAUUCCUCUUCAACGUCCACCGUCAGUAAACCUGAUGACAAUGAUUCUCCACUAGAUCUCAGUAAGCCAAUCAGAGUGAAGACGGAAAUGGACAGUGUGCUGGAGGGACCAACUACGGAUAUGAGUGAGAGAAGUAACGACGGCGACUUGAACUCCUCACGCAACUUCAGUUUUGACGACUCCCGCUCUGACACCUACUCUGAGUGCACGGAGAAUUGUGAUGACGACGAACUUUCACCGCAGUCGGGUUCUAUGAAUUCCAUGGUGCCUCACAGGAUUCCAGGCAAACGCUACCGCACUCAAAUGACCAACCUCCAGAUCAAGGUGAUGAAGUCACUGUUCUCCGACUACAAGACGCCCACCAUGGCAGAAUGCGAGAUGCUCGGUCAGUUCAUAGGGCUACCAAAGCGCGUGGUUCAGGUCUGGUUCCAGAACGCCCGGGCCAAGGAGAAGAAGGCCAAGCUGGCGUAUUCCAAACACUUUGGCCAGGAGCUGGAGUUCUCGCGCCCUCCAGAGGAGUGCAAGCUGUGCAAAUUCAAGUAUUCACACAAGUACACUGUCCAGGACCAUAUCUUUACUAAGAAGCAUAUAGAGAAUGUCAAGAAACACAUCCAACAGGAGACUGAUGCGGAGAACUUUGCCAACCCAAUGACAUCGCUCUUGCGCCAACACGAGUCAGAGCAGAUGAGAAAAUUAAUGGAGGCAAGCGAAGCAUCACAUUUGGCACAAUUGAGAGUAAUGGGACUAAAUGCCAUGGGACUGCCCAGUGGAGCUGCCGGAUCUGGUAACGUCAGCCCAGGAAAUGUUUUUCCAGAGCCAAAACCCUCUGCCACUUCCAGUAAAGACUUGGCUAAGACUCCCACGCGAGUGAAACAGGAACCUAAAGAUGAUGCUGAUGCAUCUACAGCACACAGUGAAGGAAAAAAGAAGGACUCUGCUACCUCAUCAUCUAGUUCAGCCAGUGACAGCUCAGUGGCAUCUAGUCUGCUCUCCCCAUUUGGCCCAGUGCCAGGAGGCGAGGCUGGCAUGUACCCCUUGAUGUACACGGGUAUGCCUGGUAUGUUCCCUGGUAUGGGGAUGCCAUUUAUGCCACCAGGGUUCUUUCCAGGCAUACCCAUGAUUGAUGAUUUGGGGAUGCCUUUUCCACCUCCAGGGGGUCCAUAUGGAAUGGAGAACAUGUUCUCAUUUGACCCCAUGACCUACGGCACACCGCUGGCGCUGCUCCAGAUUCCUCAGCAAGCGAUCAGAACAGUUGUCUCAAAAAUAGCAGAGCAGAACACCACCCUGGCGCGCUACACACAAGACUGUCUCUCAUUGGCUGACGUCAAGAACAUUGUGAGUGUACGUGAUGCUGCGUGCACCAGUGAGUUCACCGUGGACGUGGGUUUUGUCUGCAAAAAGUGUCACCUGGUGUUCCCCCAGCGCGAUGCCUGCGUCAGUCACCAGAGGGCAUCUUGUUACCCCGGAAAGAACCCCAACGAGGUGAAGUCCAUUUUGAAGCUCGAGCAGGUGCAGUAUAAAUGCACCUUAUGUGGAGAAAGCUACUCAACUCUGCAGGAGUAUAAACUGCACUGUAAUCUUGUCACACACAAGGCCAAACUCAGCAAGGCAGAGGCUGCAGGCACCUUCCGGUCUCCAAUGGGACUGGCUGCUUCAGGGAAUAAGUCAGCAGAGGGAGCCACCAGAAGUGGAACGCCCAAGAAAAGCACAAGCUGAGGACAUUGUGCAUUUUAGCACUCAUUCACUAAUUAGUACUAGAAGCUGCAUUUACUAAAUAUCAAUCAAACUCACAAAGACUUCACUUGUAAAAGUAUUUUAACAUGUGACUUGUAACUGCGCAAAAUCACUUAAAAACGGAGAAUAACCUAAACACAAUAAGAUACCUGUCAUAUAUAUUGGUAAUAAGUGAAAACACGGCAAUAUAAACCUAGAGGCAAUCUUCAACAUACAGGCAAUCUUCAAUUCAUAUGACAGCGGUUUUCCACAGUGGAGAAGAUGGAAAAAGUAAUAUUUGUGUUUCUAAGUUGUCUCUCUGUGUGACUUAUAGAUGUUUGUCCAGUCAUUACAGUGGAACUUGGUGUCAGUGCACUUUUAAUAUGGGUGUAGUAUUGUUACAAUGUAACUUUGUAUUAUCAGGUGGGGACUUGGAACUGAGGCAAGCGUCGUUGAAAACUUACUUCAUGAGUAAUCAAAAGGACAGCCAUUUCACCAUUUCUGUGUACAUAUUGUGUAAUCAUAAUUUUGUUUUCAUUUACUUAGACGUCUGAGCACCUGAUAAUGCAUUAUAUAGUUUGACUGCCUCAUAUUGUUAAGACAAUUGUAAAGAUAUAUAUGGUACUUUAUAUACAUAUCGUCCAUUAGUGGGCUGAUAACUGAUCCACCUACAAGACGGUGAUAUGUUUUGAAGGAUUUUAAAUGGAGAAGCAACAGGUAUUAAUUGUGAUGUUUUGACUAAAAACUGAUCUCCUGUGACUGAAGAGCUCAGCCAUUAAUUAACAGUGCGUCAAGUGAUAAGGCGUCAGGAAUGAUAUAAGUGUAUGAAGAAUCUGUGUUCAGUCACUGAAUGUUUUAACUGUAGAUGUCACUGUGAGCAUGUCGAAUUGAUGUCAGAAGUCCCGUGGGAGAGUUGGUUGUAGUGCUCAGGAGAUGCUCAGAUGGUAUCAAAUGUAAUACGUGUUGUGGAGAAAUUAUUGCAAUACAGUUUACUUGAGUGAUUUGUCAGGCACUAUUAUUAUCUAUCAUAUUAUGUAUUAGUAACCAUAUAUAUAUAUAUUAUAACUAUAUAUAUAAUUACAUAUAAAUCUAUAUAUUCAGGGAUGUAUAACUCGAGGGCAGGGUUGCACCAGAAGCUGAGCUUUUAGCAUAUGCCAAAGGAAAAAAAGAAAUCAUGUCAAAUUUUGUAUAUAUAAGUCGUUGUAUUUGAUGACAAAUUGACAAUUUAGAGUAGCAGAGGACAAAUUUGAACUUCAAGUUUUGCAUGUUUUUGUUUGGAAUUAGCUUUUGGUUUUUUAAAAUAAUUUUGGUUGAAUUAUAUUUUCAGUUCUCUUAGAUGUUGAAGUAAAGAAUUUGACUGAAAAUGUCCAAUAUUGGACUGACAAAGAUGUGAUGGUUACCAGAGUCAAAGAUUUAUGUGAAUUAUGAAAAUUUGUUACCUUGUUGGCUAUCAGCCUAAGUAGAAACUGGUGCUUAGCAUAAAUUUAUAGAACGUGAGUGGCAAUUUUUCCUAGAGGUAGAAACAUUGGUAGAGGCGACUAGAACAACUAUAUGUUCAAUUUGUUAUGGUUUAUUAUGCAUAUUGUUGACAUUAUUACUGAAUGAAGAAGCAAUGGGAGGCAUGAAGGUGAUGAAUCCAAGGUGCAUAUUAAGAUGGAAAAAAAAGCUAACAAGAAAGUUAAAGUUGGCCAUGCCGACAUCACUUUCUCUGACAUGUUUUUUCAUUUUUUUCAUAUUAAAAUAGUGACUCAAAGUCACUCUGUUGGCUGGAAAUAAAAUAAAAAGAGCUCAAGAUUUUUGUUAUGCAGCCAUGUUAACAUGUAUAUUUGCUAGGAUUUUUAUUACUGUUCUAUAUGUUUCCAAUGACGUACUGAGUUCCUGGCGUAAGAUACUCCGACAACUUAUUUUGUAUGUAGUAGUUGACAUUGUAGUGUGCAAAGGCUUCCAUAAGCAUGCUAAGAGCUGCAUCAUUUUUACCUCUAUGGCAUCAUCUAUUGCAAAGCAGUAACGAGAUUGCCAUAGAAAUCUAGCUAGAUAGAUUAACUGUUACGUAGUUGUAAAGAAAAAGCACAAAUAAGUAUUUAGAUUACGUUGAGGUUUGCUUUAUGCUUGAGUCCGGUCAGAUGUGAAAUGGUUAAGAUUAUGAUACAGUUUCAUGUUUUGUUGUAACCGAUAUUGUCUGCAUGGAAUCUGAAUAUUCUGUUACAUUGUGAUCAUGUGAUUGAACAUCGCAAAUUUGUCAAACAAUUUGUUAAAUAUACCUCCUAAAGUAACUGAGAGAACCUCAAAAUGGAUCGUGAUACGAAAAAAUAAACAGUAGUGACUUAGAGAGAUAUUGUUACAUUUUUAGGUUGACUGUUAUUUUGCACAAUAUUUUUAUGGUAAAGUAACAGUGUACAGGAACAUGCAUUGGACAUAUGAUAAACAUUACAGCAUUUAGCAGUCAUUAUUAAAAUGAUAAUUAGAAUUAUUAGUAGUUCUGUUACAAAGAGCUCAAGGCAUUUGUUACGCUUAUACAGUUUAGAGAAUUCUGCGAGGCAGAAGGUGAAACUUUUACUGGGGCUGAAAUGCAGAAAGCUGCAGCUGGCUGGAGAUCCCACUGCAGUUUCAAAGCAUAUUUUUUCCUUUUUUUUUCACCUCAGAAAAGUGGCGGUUAUUAGAUUUUGGCAGGUUUUUUGCUGAGGUAGUAGUGCGCAUUUGCAAUCAUAUUUGUACAUAUGGUGAAGUAAGGAUUGAGACGGUAUAUUGUGGCUGAGGUAUGGGUAUGUGCCUGGAGACACUGAAGUGGAAGUGGAUACGGUGUGGGUUGUACUGUUAUCCCUAUGGAUACAGUUCACACUGCCAGAGCCUAGUAUUCACACUUGGGUUGUGUAUGUAGCGUUUGCUGAGGUAGGCAUCAGGAUGCUACAAACCAGACAUUUUGCACAGUAGAUACAUUAUAUGUACUUAUAUGUAUGCCACUAACACGUAGUUUUUACUCGAAGCAUUUUUAAAAGCUACACAUUGUUUCCACUUCUACACACUGUCUCCUAGCAACCAAGUUCCAAGUAACACUUACAAGGGAGAUAUGAUUUAAUUCUGGUCUCAGACUGUGGAAAACUUUAUUACAGUUAUUAUUAUUAUUUUUUGUUCUUUUAUUAACAUAGAAAGAAGUAUAUUAUAUUCUAUACAAACAUAUUAUAUAUAUACAUAUUAUCAGAAGCACUGGGUAUAGACAGUCUGUUCUAUAUUUUGUUAUUUUUCAUUAUGAUUAUCCAGUCCCUUUACUGACUAGUCUACCCCUACGCUGUCAAUAACUAUAUGUAGUAUUGCUUGUGCUCAUUAAAAGGAAAUACAAAAAUGGGA